GCCCCCUCCUUGCCCUCAGCAAAGAUGGAGGCGGGGUGACCUGUUAACUUCUCCCUCCAGAGGGGCUGGCUCUAGCUCUGGCUCCGAGGGUGGCGGAGGGACAGUCUGUGGGGAGAGGGCAGCCCCCCCCAGGGCUCUGGGGCAAUGGAGGAGGAGCUGCUGCUGCUGCUGCUGGCCCCCCUUCCUCUGGAGGACUGGCUCCCUGACACUAAAAUGUCGCCGCCUCUAAGAAGUUGUGAGUACCGGCGAAGGGGUUAUGAUGGGGCUCUUUGGAGCGAGAGAGAGCAAGGGGGCUCCGGGGCAUUCCUCUCUGGCAGAGGAGGGAGAGACCAGACAGACCCCCAUUUCCUCAUCCUAAUACUCGCUGCACGCUUCUUCCGUGUACAAGGGACGUGUGAACGCCAAGAGAGUCGUGUCAAUGAGAAAAAGAGGCCCAGGAGGCUGAACCAUAUCUUAACCAAAUUACUGGAAGAACUUAAAAUUGGAUCUGAGAUGUACCUUCCAGGGAUGUAAAGGCUCCAUUCACAGAAGAGGCAGUGCUGGAUAGAUGGAUAAUUGCAAUGAAGUGUGGCCAGAGGGCCAGUGUUCCCUCGGAGCUCCAGGUGGCAUUCAUACCACCACUGGAUCUGUAGAAGUGUGCACAGUUCUAUACUCAGAUGUUGAUGAUGACUCAUCCCUCCUGACAGACAAUGGGAUGAGCGCCCGGGCUCCUUUUCACUGCUCUGAGUGUGACAAGAGUUUUCGCUAUCGCUCUGACUUGCGUCGACAUUUUGCCCGACACACAGAGCUGAAGCCUUUCCAGUGCCCGCACUGUGUCAAGAGCUUCAAGCAUUCCUUUAACCUGGUGAACCAUAUCCGGAGCCAUACGGGGGAGCGCCCCUACCGCUGCACCAUGUGCCCGAAAGGUUUCCGGGACUCUACGGGGCUCCUCCACCACCAGGUGGUUCAUACUGGGGAGAAGCCUUACUGCUGCCAUGUCUGUGAGCUCCGCUUCUCCUCCCGCAGUAGUUUAGGCCGCCACCUCAAGCGGCAACACCGCACUUCUGCUGCUGCUGCAGCCCCACAAACACCUGUACCCCGCUGCCUCGCCUGCGGCAAAGAGCAAAGCCCUCUUGGCCAUCUAUGCAGUGCCGGGAGAGGCCGGGCUGCCCCCUUUGGCUGUGGGGCCUGCGGGAGGCACUUCCAGUUGGCGUCAGAACUGCGCCGUCAUUGGCUGGCCCAUACUGACAUUAAGCCCUUCAAGUGCCCUGAAUGUGAGAGGGACUUUAAUGCAGCCUCCUUGUUAGAGCGCCACAAACUUACCCAUGUGAAGGGCAAGCCACCACCAUGCCCAGUUUGUUCUGAGAAGGUCCAGCAGAGUGAUGGAGUGCCUAAACUGCCAGGUCUGGAAGAAGAGCCAAAAGAGGGAGAGCAGGAGAAGAGGAAACCCCAGCAACAUAGCAGAGGCUGUCCGACUUGCCAAUCUCCAGAUGCUCGUCCCCCAGAAACUCUGUACCAGUGUGAGUGUGGGACCUUUUUCGCCAAUGGCAACACCCUGGCCACUCAUUUGGCUGCCCAUGGAGGGGAGCCCUCCUUCACCUGUGGCAUCUGUGGGCAACCUUUUGUAAACUUGCAGAUACUAGAGGAACACCAGCUAAGCCAUGCUGUAUCCCCUUCACCAAUGCCCGGCUCGGGCAGUGAGUUGGAACGCCACCUUUUGCCCCAGCUGGACCUUCGGACAUUCCCAUCCCGGCCUGGCAAGAAACUUUAUAAAUGCAGUGAGUGUGAGAAAUACUUCCGCAGCCCACGGGAUCUGGACCGUCACGUUUUGGUGCACACUGGGGAGAAACCCUACCAGUGCACCGAGUGUGGCAAAUUUUUCCGGCAUGAGUGCUACCUGAAGCGGCACCGGUUGCUUCACAGUGGUGAACGCCCUUUCAAGUGCACUGUCUGCCACAAAGGCUUCAUCACCUUGAGCAACCUCUCCCGCCAUCUCAAGCUGCACCGUGGUAUUGAUUAGCGAGAACUCCAAUCUUUGCCUAAUAAUAGCCCCCAUCUUGCCCAGCAGUUUUCCUCUACCUCCAACCUACCGUGGCAGCGGAAGUAAUUGGUUUUGUUGGAGUAUCACUCUGACCAAUGUGGUAGAACUUCGUUCAUUCUCACCCUUUUUCCUGGUCCAUUACUCUAGGGCAAGGACAUGCAACCUUGAAAGGAAUUGAGAAAAAAGUAUUAUUAUUGUUAUUUACUAAUGCUCCACUACUGUUAAAUAGAGUAUGUUGCACAUGC